AUGAUGUGCUUUCCUAUUUAUUGUCGUGAAUCACUUCAGAAUAUUAUUGAUUGCUCGCCAAAAAAAACUUGUUGGGCUUCUCAGUUGAGUGAGCUUCUGCGGUCGAAUCGGCACGAAGGAACUGGCGGUUGCGAUCGAGGUGGAGGCACUGUUAACUUGAUUGCAUCCGACGACUUCACCACACUGCUUCAAGCACAGCCGCCUACUGCAUCAUGCUUCAGGGGUUGA